UCUCCUGAAUACUUCAUUUUGCGUAUACUGAAAGCAGGUGUAGUGUAGUCUAUUCGUACUUGCUAAUGGAGAUUACGUAAUACGCGUAUUAUCAAAUCAUUGGAUCACGAUUAUAGAUCAAAUUCCAAAUGAUAGGAACAGGGCCCUUCUAAGUGACAGGCAUUCUAAACAUAGAUAUCACAGAACAGGACCCUUUGAUCCAAGUACAUAAUCAGGCAUGGCUAACGAGGAAAACCAGGUCCAGAACCCUCCCAAAAUCAACGCACCCAGCGUACCGAAACCCACCAGCUUAAACCAUGAAGCGCCCAUGAGCAAGCCCAUCUCUGCCCCAAGGUCAAGCUUGGCCCGUCCGGCUUCAACCUUUCCAGCAAUAAACUCGGCACAGAGAGCUUCUGGGGGCUUAGCAGUUCCAGGACAACAAAGUCGAAGAAAGGUGGUGUUGAAGCCAGGGCAUUCGCCUUUGGACUGGGCCCACCUCAACAGCAGUAAGCCCAAGCACAUCCUUCGGGGAGUUCCACCCAACACCCCACCACCACAGUAUGUGCAGAUUCCUAAGGAAGAGUUGAAAAAGCAUAAAACCCAGGAGGACUGUUGGACUUGUAUAAACGGACGAGUUUUCAACAUCACUCCAUACAUCAACUUUCAUCCAGGCGGUGUUGAGGAAAUCAUGAAGUGUGCGGGAAGAGAUGGCACUGCAUUAUUCAACAAGUAUCAUAGCUGGGUAAAUGCUGACCGAAUGUUGGAAAACUGCAUGGUGGGGAUUAUUAGCAACUGAUAGUCUAUAGAACGAUACUAAUGUGCAUAUGAUUGAUGAAGCAAUAAACUCACUUGAAGAACUCCCUCUAUUUAUUAGGCAAUAACACCUGAGAGAUCAGAUAAGUCACAACUUCUGUAUUAGAAACUCCAGCUUGACGCUCUAGUAGACGGUGUCCGCAAUGAUCAAUGUAUUAAGAUCCCAAUCGUGCUUCUCUUUGGGAAUUAUACCCACCAAUUGCUCACGAAGCCCUAUUCCAAUAAGAUGGGGUGACGUGUGCUUGUUUGUGUAGUAUGUGGCAAGAAACUCAUCGUAGAAACCAGCACCGUGGCCGAUCCGCUGCUUUUCGCUGGUGAAGGCAACACCAGGCACUAUUAUAACAUCUAGCUUGCCACCUUCUUCUUCCAUGAUGUCUGGCCCCUCUGUAGGCUCGAGAAGCUGGUACU